AGAAAUGAUUGUGGAGACACGAGAUAUGAUUUUUCGACACACGUGCGGAUUGGGUUGCGAAGCAAGAGCUAAACUUCCUGCAGACAUUUCUUCAGACUACAAUGGAUAUCAGUGAUACUUUCACCGGUGAAAUUAUGGUGAAGUCCAUAGGGUGUCUUAUCCCUAACGAUGUUGUGGCUAUUCAUGGUGGGAUAAAACCACCAGUACUUAAGCCCCCUCCGGCAAUGAAACUACCUACAAUUGAUCUUUCAGGAUCAUCUUGGGAUUUCCUCACACAUUUCGCUCCAAGUGAUAUAGUUAAGCGGCCGAGGUCCUCUUCUUCUUCAGAUAAUAGCUGUGAUGAAGAGGAAGUGGAAACGGAAGAGACGGGAGGUAAGGUUAUCCAGUUGGGGGAUACGGCUCAUGAGGGAUGCUCCGCUAUAGAUGAGGGUGACUCCUCAAGUAUGAUAUUAUCCAAUAGUUCUUCGAUUUAUGCCUCUAGAGGAUCUAUCAUUACUUCUUGGCUACAGGGUCAAGUUCUGGGACGAGGAUCAGUUGGUUCUGUGGAUGAAGGCAUUUCAAAUUCCUCCAUUGAUUCCGAAUCAACUUGCUCCUUUAUGACGCCCUCUCUGGGCUUCCCGGAUCGAGUCAGUUUCCGGAAAAUGGAUUUCAGUGAAGUAGGUCCUAGUCGGCACGUUUGGGAUAAUCGUAAAGUGAUGCUUCCCAAGUUGAUGACUGAAAAUAUUUACAAUCCUGAGGAUAUGGUACCAGUGAAGUCUUGGAUGAAGGGUCAACUUUUGGGAAAAGGAUCAUUUGGCUCUGUGUACGAAGCCAUUUCAGACGAUGGGGACUUCUUGGCUGUCAAGGAAGUUUCACUUCUUGAUCAGGGAAGUCUGGCACAAAGAGGCAUAAAACAACUUCAGAGGGUUUGCCACAUGUUUCAUUUUCUACAGGAGAUUGCACUACUUAGUCAGCUGCAGCAUCAGAAUAUCGUGCGAUAUCGUGGCACAGCAAAGGACAGAUCAAAUUUGUACAUCUUUCUUGAGCUUGUAUCCCAAGGAUCCCUUCAAAAUCUCUACAAAAGAUACAAACUUAUAGACUCUGUAGUCUCCUUGUACACAAAACAAAUUCUUGAUGGUUUGGAAUAUCUCCACGAUAAAGGCUGUGUUCACAGGGACAUUAAUUGUGCAAAUAUAUUGGUGGACACUAAUGGCGCCGUCAAACUUGCAGAUUUUGGGUUGGCAAAGGUGUCAAAUAACAUGAAGGCCUGCAAGGGAAAUCCAUUUUGGAUGGCUCCAGAGGUUAUUAAGCCCAAGCUUAAUUGUGGUGGGUAUGGAAGUCCAGCUGAUAUAUGGAGCCUCGGGUGCACUGUGCUCGAAAUGCGUACUGGUCAGAUCCCCUACUAUGAUCUAGAACCCGUUCAAGCCUUGUUUAGGAUCGCAAGGGGUACGCUUCCAGAAAUACCUGGUUAUUUAUCACUAGACGUUCGGGAUUUCAUACUAAAGUGUCUCAAAGUGAACCCCGAUGAACGACCAACUGCAGCCGAGCUGCUAAGCCAUCCAUUUGUGAGAAGGCCCUUAACCAGAGGAUCAGGAUCUCGGUAGAUGAGGUAAAGCUUUUAGUUUCGUGUUGAUGACUGAUGAGAUUAUAUCUGAAUCAAAAGCUGAUAUACAGAUAUACUCAACAUGGAAGUCCUAUUGUAUGAGAGCAGGCAUAACCAGACGAUUUUUGAGAAAAGAGACUCCAUAUUAGAAAAGAGACUCCAUAGAAACUAUGUGGGAGAGUCGAGAUAUGAUGACUCUUUGUCACACUUGCGGUUUGGGUUGUGCAGCAAACUCAUUUGCCUAUUGGGCUUCAUUUUAAAAAUAUUGGCAUAGUUUUUUGGAAGUAUACCAUAGUGCCUACCUUAUAUCAUGUUACUAGUGACUUGGCCAGAUUUAUUUAUGAUUCUCCAGGCUUGUUAU